UACAGACAUCUUUCGCCACUUUGUGGAAGCUGCGACAAAUCAUAACAAACUCGCGUGGCGACCACACCUGUCACCAAAAUCAAAACCUGAUCUCGUAUGCGGAAAACCCGACUGGCAAAAAUGUUGAUCGACAUUGGUGCUAACCUUACUGAUGGCAUGUACCAAGGCAUCUACAAUGGAACCAAAAGGCACGAACCUGAUUUAGCCUCCGUCCUUAAAAGAGCCUGGGAUUCUGGUGUCGAACGCAUUGUAGUCACUGGAGGGAGUCUUGAAGAGAGUAGAGAAGCUCUCAAACUCGUGAAGGAUAAUGAACGGCUGAACUGCACUGUUGGAGUUCACCCAACGCGGUGUGGCGAGUUUGAAAAAUCUGGGGACCCUGAUAAGUAUUUGCACGACCUGGAGGAGCUCAUCAAUCAAAACAGCAAAAAGGUGGCAGCGUUUGGAGAGUUUGGCUUGGACUACGACAGAAUUCAAUUCUGCGACAAAGAAACUCAAAUGAAGUACUUAAGAAAACAAUUGCAACUGGCCUCUAAAUUUCCAAACCUGCCACUUUUUCUUCACUGCCGCAACUCAGCAGAUGACCUGGCUAAAGUCUUGGCCGAAUUUAAAUUAAAAGGAGUUGUUCAUUCUUUUGAUGGAACUUUCGAAGAGGCAGAGCAAUUUUUGGACUUAGGCUACUACAUUGGCCUUAAUGGAUGCUCCUUAAAAACAGUGGAAAAUUUGGAAACUGUGAAAAAAUUACCUUUGGAGAGGAUCUUGCUGGAAACAGAUGCUCCAUGGUGCGAGGUGCGACCUAGUCAUGCGGGGCACACAUUCUUAAAAAGCAAACCGCUUCCUUCUGUCAAAAAAGAAAAGUGGGUUGAAACAGCCAUGGUCAAAAGCAGAAAUGAGCCUUGUACAUUGAGGCAAAUCCUGGAAAUUGUGAGCAACUGCAGAGGGGAGGACACAAAUGUUGUAGAAGAAACGGUUUAUAACAACACCACUAAACUGUUUAGUCACUGUAUGUAGUCUUCUUCUUCUAAGAAUAGGCGAAUAAUUGCACCAUUACAUAAUAAUAAUAAUUACUCUCUUCUCUGACCAAUACACUGUCACACAUUUUAUCAACACUAAAAAUCACUUAUAACUCAGAAUACCGGUUCAAUAUAGAUCCAUCACACACCAUUCGAUGGGCUAGUUUAGCUGUAUUAAUUGCAUCAUCCAAACCAGAGUGUUCCCUUCCCUCAAAAGUCAGUCCUAGGUCCUCCAUAGCUCCUCUCAAACCUUUUGGUGUCCAACCAUAAUUUUGCUGCAGAAAAAAGUUUUGAUAUCACUUAAUUUCUUUGCAACAAUUAUUAUGUGUACCCGAAAAGCAGCCUUCAGAUCAAUCCACUGCGAGAAUAUGGAAGGAAACUUGAUGUUUUUCCUUUCACAUUCUUUGAACAGACAGAGUUUGAAGUCCCAAUCUGUAAAUACAUAUUGAAAAUUAUAGUUUAAUUAUCACCAAAGCGCUCUGGUACCUGUCCAAGUAGCAAUGACAAAAAUGUUUGCGGAGUCUUGAGCGCUAUGUUCGCCAGCUUGGUAUAGCGCCAUCCCUUUGUUGGAAACUAUGGAGUCAAGCCACACCAAGAAAAGUUUUAUACAAAUAUUCAAUGGAACGCCCGCAUUUACUUGCUGUUGAUUUAUGCCUAAAAAUCAUGGUCAUAUUAAGAUAUGAGCAUUAAGUUAUACAUACCAGUAAAAUUUGUGCAAAACUCGCUCAAACGUGGCUGCUCCAUAGGCAUGACGAACUGUUGAAAUUGCUCUUCUAUCUCUCCAGUUUUUAGGUUGAUUAGCACAGCUGGAAAUUCUAUUAUUUCUUGAGGUGGCGAGGAGAAUUUACUGUCCCAGCAUGUGGAUUCAAAAUCAAUUACUAAGAGGUAAUCUAGUUUGGUUUUUGAUCCUUGCAUCCAUGUAGCUGGAGCUAUUAUUGAAGCAAUUAUUGCGUUGUGCGUAUAAGUCGAUGCGAUUUUAGUAUAAUUUUAAGUUACCAUGUCCAUUAGUCAUUGUCGGGGCAUCAGGUCUUAUGAUAGAAAAUGCUGCAGCAUUUUGAUCAUGCUUCUUCAAAAUUGGUCUCUCCGCUUUGAUGCCAGGAAUUUCUUCCAGUUGCUUUGGAACAAUAGCUCGCACGUUUCCUUUAGAAUCCAUAUUUUUCUUCUCAUCAAUUUUAGGCAACUCGAAGUACAACAAACAACCGUAUUUACUGCAAGUUUAUAUUUUGAGCUAUAUUUUGGUUUAAAAAUUAUUAUUACAGACUUACGCAGCUAGAUUCACGAGAUUUUGCACAUCAGCCAAAUAUGAGGAUUUUUCUCUUUUACUUUUCGAUUUUGGUAGGGUGACAUCUUUGGACUUCUUCAUCGCUGGUGAAUUUGCUGAUGAGCUAUGUUCAUCAAAAUCAAGUUGCAAUGUCACUCUCGAUUUUUUCAUUCUUGUCGCUGAGCCACCCUCAGCUUGAUGAGCUUCAGUCAUCUUUUUGCUGCUACUUCUAGUUAGUCGUGUGAAUGUCUUGCCAUCGUCCAUAAUUUCCGCAAUUCCGCACAGUUUUACUGUUACUUUUCAAGGUGCAAGAGGUCGUUUAAAAUUCAGCUUUGAAGAUCACAGAAGAUCUAGAAAAAUAAAUUAAAAUGCAAUCAGA